AUGGCCGCCUUGGACGACGUCACCUCCGCAGCGCCGGCCUCCGCCACGUCGUCGCCGCAGAGGCCGGCGCGGAAGCACGUCACGGUGAUCUCGGCGGGGUCCAUCCUGGGGCGCAGCGAAGAUCCGGAGGGGGAACAUGUGAGCACUGCCGGGGUUUCUGUUGACUUCACAACGAGCGCUGGACAAGUGGAUUGGGUUACCAGUCAGGAGUUUCUGCGAGCCAGCUUCGCGUCAAGUGUCCUGCAGUGCUUUGGUAGAUCUCUAUGGCAGGCUGAUUCGUUCAAGUACAGUUUCAAGAGCUCCAGCAUCGACCAAUACUGGUCGCAUAGCUGGGCCGAAAGAUCAUGGAAGAAGCUUCUGCUGCUCUUGUGGCUGAACAAUGGCACAAUGGCGGUGAUUUUCAGUACAUUUACGGCGUUGGGCGUCAUCCCGCUCUACACCUUGGGUUUUCUGCCCAGCCUCUCCGGUCUCGCAGCCAGCGCAGCCAGUGCCGAAGUGUCCAUCUGGUGCGUCGCUGCGGGGCUGCUGGGUUUGCUCCUGGGGAUGCUACUGUGGCGCCCGGGGAAGAUGGUCUUCAUAGACAAGGUCUGUUUGAAUGAAGUACCUGAAGUACCUGAAGUACCUGAAGGAGAUGGUCAGCUGAAGCAGGAAGGGAUGCGGAAUAUCGGCGCAUGUCUGAAGCACUCCAAGUCCAUGUUGGUGCUGUGGGACCCGAGCCAUGCGCAGCAGCUCCAAGCCAUCUUCGAGCUCGCCACCUUUCUGAAAUGCCAUGAAGGAGAGAAGGUGCAUCUGGACAUUCGGCCCACCAUGCUGGCACCCUUCCUCUUAGUCAACCUGGCAGGCAAUGUCUUCAUUGCGGUGGCUCAGAUCUUAGUGCCAUUUGAUCACAAUUGGAGCAUCUUUCUGGUGGCCGCCUGCUUUGCGCCCUACUUCCUGGCAUGUGGCUGCCUUCUGCGCUCUUAUUUUGCCUCAAUUCAGGGCCUCAAGGAUCAGUUGGGUUUCUUCAGUAUUGACGACACGGUGUGCCUGCAAUGUGACAGGAAGAUCCUUUUGGAAUGCAUUCACGUGUGGUUUGGUUCCAUCGAGGACUUCGAACGCUAUGUCUGUAUCAAAGUGGCACGAGUUUUUUCACAAAGACUCGGAAAUUUCCUGUGCCAAUACUGGAUGGUCAUCAUUCUCUCCGCUCCGAUCUUCUGGGCGCAUUUGGACAUGAUCGCGAAAGCAGUGGUCAGCGAGGACUAUGGGACAGCCAGCUUACUAGCGGUCACGGCGUUUACCUGGUGGCUGGGGAUUCUCCCUGCGGCCUACGUGCUUUUCAUUGCUUUGAUGGCUAAGAGCCAAAGGAGGCAAUUGAGAAGAACUAGCAAUGCCUUGAAGCUUUGCUGGCGUGCGGUACCACCUUGUGCCCUCGUUCUGUUUUCCAAGUUUUCAACCGAAGUGGUUAUCGAGAACAAUCUCCGGGAGGCCUUUCUGGGCAUUUGCAUUUUCGCUGGCACUAUGAUCAUCCCCUGCUAUUUGGUUUGGCGUGCCUCUACCAAGUUUGCUUGGACUCUGGUGCUCAUUCCAGGUCAUAUGGGCAUCACCUUGUGGAUGACUGGUCUGUCGGGCAGCGGCAAGAGCACCAUAAGCGUGGCCUUAGAACGCGCCUUGGCAGAGAAUCAGGCGAAGAGUUACUUUGUGUACAGGCUGGAUGGCGAUAACCUGCGUUUCGGCCUGAACAGGGAUUUGGGCUUCAGCCCGCAGGACCGGAAGGAAAAUGUCCGACGAGUGUCGGAGGUGUCCAAGCUCUUUGCAGAGGCUGGCGCCAUCGUGGUGGCAGGCCUCAUCUCGCCCUAUGCGGCAGACCGAGACUAUGCGCGGGAGGUGCACAAAAACGCUUCGUUGCCCUUCAUGGAAGUCUUCGUAGACGCUCCCCUCGCAGCUGUGGAGAGCCGCGAUCCUAAAGGGCUUUACAAGAAAGCACGCGAGGGCAAGAUCAAGGGCUUCACAGGUAUCGACGCACCCUAUGAGAAGCCCGGGACCCCUGGAAACCCAGUCUUUGUGGACGACGUGGCACUUUUGGGCUCGCAGAUGGCCGCCGUUUUUGAUAGCUCUCCUCCCGGCCUGGCCGCUGGCGGCACACACGAGGACACCGCAGCGAUCAAGGCCAACAUCAUCCAGGAGAGCGAGCGAGUUAGUUGGUUGUACAGUGCAUUCGAAAUCCGGUGGCAACCUGCGCCCAGGAAGUUUUUGCACAAUGCAAUGCAUGAGAUGGAUCAACGUUUGGACAUGUUGAAUCAACGCCUCGAAGAAGUGCAGAUGCCGCAAUCCGAGAUGUUGGAGGACACUCAUGUGAUCCAAUCCUUGGCCAAAGUGGAACAGCAAUGGGGUAAGGAGCUGGGGAAGCUGAAAACGGAGUUGCAUCAGAUGAUCUUCGCGCACAAUCACAAUGCUGAUUUGAUGAAGCAUCAGAAGGACACCUUGGAUAAGAUUCGGCACGACAGCCUGUCUCGAAGUCCUGGAUCUGGCGCCACGCAGAUCUCGAAUGCCCGCAGCAUGUUGGCCAGUGCCGACGCCCGUAUCAAAGCCAUCCAGGCGAACUUCCAGAAAAUGGACCCCUUGGUUCCCAGAGUGACAGCUCUUGAGCUUCGACUCCAUCAUUGGCACGCGGCCGGCGGCUUAUCAGGGCCGCCUGCGAUGGGAGCCCCGCCGCUGGGUGCCUAUGGAUUUGAGCCCAGGCCUGUACCCAACCCGCCGGACUACGAGGCGACCGUGGAAAGUCCUGAUGAUGAGGAAAAUGAGGAGGAAGACGAGGAAGAAGACGAUAAUCUUGGAGCGCUACGUGGCAUCCUGGGCAAAGCUAUCGAUGCGAGUUCAGCUGGCUGA